UUCAUUCAAAACAAAAAAAUGAGAGCAGGUUUAUUACUGCAUAAUUAUCUAAGUGUACAUAUACUGUAAUUGCUCUGUGGAUAGCAUACAUGUCAAGCUCGGCACCAGGAGAAAAUAGAGAAGGGUGCAAUAGCAAUCCACAUGAGUGCACAAAAGGUGAUAAAUACUAUGUAGACAUCGGGAUAUACGGAGACCACUGGGGGUGCACCCAGGUCCGUCUGGGGGUGCAAUGCACCUCUAAGGACCCCCAUAGCACCAGGCCUGAUACACAUAAGUGCUACCAGAUAAAAUGUCAUUCUGACAGUUGUAGUCACAAAUGAAAAUUCCAAAUAAUGUCGGAUGACAUUGACCAUUUCAUUAAAUCAGCUGUAUUGUCAAAGAGAUCAAGUUUCAAUGCUGAGCAAUGUGAUCAUUAUGGAUGUUCUUUUUGAAUGUUCUUAGUUGUGACACUCAUUCACACAAAUGGUGUGCACAAUUAUGUGGUGGUACAAUGAGGUCUUACUCACAGAAUGAUUACAUGUACAAAAAAUGAAUGUUUUGUUUAUUUAGGUACCUUUGGGCAGAGGAUCAUCGGGGGCCAAGAGGUUGAGCCGUACUCCAUCAAAUACCAGGCGUCCAUCCAGUACAAUAAUCAACACUACUGCGGAGGCACCCUUAUCCACCCCCAGUGGGUUGUGUCUGCUGCCCACUGCUGGAGACCGAGCACUUUGAUCAAAGUGGUUUUGAGUGAGCACAGCCUCUCCAAAGAGGAAGGAUUUGAGCAAGAGUUCAACGUCUCCAAGAUCUUUGUAUACUACAAUUACAACUACAAGACCUUCAACAAUGACAUCAUGCUCAUUAAACUCGGCCACCCGGCCCAGCUCAAUGCCAACAUCCAGCCAGCCGCCCUCCCAGACCCCAACGGCGCCCCACUGGCGGGAGGGACCACUUGCACUGUCAGUGGCUGGGGGGUCACCCAGAUCUACAGCUACUACCUGUCCCCAGAGCUGCGAGCCGUGGACGUGGAGGUCAUCCCCAACUGCCAGUACUACUACUACUGGAGGAUCACUGAGAACAUGAUCUGCGCUGGCUCCCGCUUCGGGGGGAAAGACUCCUGUCAGGGCGACUCGGGGGGCCCUCUUAUCUGCAACGACUUUCUUGAGGGCAUCGUGUCCUGGGGGAUCAGCUGUGCCAAUCCCUACUUCCCAGGCGUCUACACCAAAGUGAGAAACUAUGUCAGGUGGAUCACCUGGAUCAUCGACAAUGACAACUACAAUUGAAGUCGCACCCUGUGGAGGCAAAGGGCGGAGGAUUAGAUUGUCCCUCACUUGAAAAAGAUGAAGACGGUACCUGUUUUAGUUUUUAAAAAAAGCCAACUCCCAACACAGUUUGGUAGCACGGUGUACUUGCGGACAUCCAGGUGUGUAUUGAAUAACGCAUUGCUGCACAUUAGUCCUAGCGCCAGUAGGGGCUCAGAACAAUCAGCUUUGAGGGCGCAGGUACAAAUCCCAGUCUAGUGCUUUUGCUAUGCACUUGAGAGAGCAGACCUGAUGUUUUUUUUUAAUCCUCUUUCUGCCUACAUGCAAAAUUGUGUCUUUCUUUAGCUAAAAGCUUCAGCCUUAGAAAUUAAUAAAGGAUUAUCAAUCAGGAGCGUAGCCAGAUAUUAUUUUUUGGGUGUGCCCAACGCUGAUAGGGUGGGCAUGUAACCUGAGACGUGGGAACUAUGACAUUAUCUUCCUUGUAAAUACUGUCAGGAAAAAAUAUCAGUUUAUAUUUAGCAUGAACAAACAAUAGAUUAGUUAACUAUGCAAAUUUGGCUCAGCCCUCUAGAAAUUUAUUGCAAAUUACUUUCAAGCUCCCUUCCUACCUGAUCUCAAAGUUUUCAUCAUAAACUACAAAAAAGGGGUUAAAUGUGAAGGGGAUAAUGAAGCAUUCAGCAGAUAUUUAUGUAACAACUGAGAAUUUUUGAUGUGCAGCACAAAUGUAGACAUUUUCUUUCACACAGAUAAAAUGGAAUUUGUUUAGUGGGGUUGACAUCUGCUUUGAUUUUAGUGCUUUCAGAGUAAUGGGUAAUUCGUGUAUUAUAACUGUAUCAUUUUGCAAAUAGCUAGCAACAGCUAAAUGCAUUUCACAUCCGUGGCAACAGGAUGGAAAGUUUCCACUUGUAAUUUUUGUACAGUCAUUUAAACUUUCAAGAAGUUGUCUAAUGUUUCAUUGAUACAUUUUGCAAACACAAAAAUGAACAAUUAUCAC